AUGGCUCGUCGUCAUCGAUCGAUCUCGAUGAGGAUAUUAACCGAAGACUUCCCGCUCUACCUCGGAAAUCCCGUGAAACACGUUACUCACUCAUUCGAUUGGUUACGACACUCCGCCGUUUUGACCUACGUGAACUGCGCGGAAAGUGUCUUGAUCAGAGACUCGGAUACAGAGAAGUCAGGUGCGUAAUUCAACUAGUUCUCGCUCGAGUUAGUGAACUUCUUUGUUCACCAAUUUGAGUGAUUUCGAGUUCCGAGCUUCCACAAUCAAUGUUCUCAUUCUCUCUGUUCUCAUUUCAAUAAUUACUAGAGACGUUUUUGGACGGAAACACCCAUUAUUACAGAGAGAGUCUACUCCCGUAUUCAUAAUCCGACAAAAACAAAAUAUAUUUUCGACUCGGAGGACACCUAUCGGACGAUGUUAGCAGAUGUCGGUUAUUACGAUCUUAUUGAUGAGGCUUCCAGGUACACGUUUUGAUUCUACUUUUCUUUUUGACUCUCCAAGAAACCCCGGGAGCCGGUAAUCCUGCUUUUCAGAGUUAGCCAUUAG